AUGGCCGACUUGGAAACAUACAAGCUGGGAACCUUUAAGCUCAAGUCUGGCGGAGAGAUCCCAGAUGCUUUCAUUGCGUACAAAACGCUGGGUGAUCCUUCACUGCCAGCGAUCAUCUAUCCGACGUGGUACUCUGGCCUGAUCGCAGACAACCUCUGGCUCACAGGCUCAGACAAGACGCUCGACCCGUCGAAGUACUACAUCAUCAUCCCUGCGCUCUUCGGUAACUCGCAGUCCUCAUCCCCAUCCAACACACCCAACCUACACCCCUUCCCAGAAGUUCUCUUCUACGACAACGUCCGCGCGCAGCACGAGCUCGUAACCAAGCACCUCGGCAUCAAGCAUGCGCGCGCCGUGCUCGGAUGGAGCAUGGGUGCAGGCCAGACGUACCAGUGGAUGACGCAGUACCCGGACUUCAUGGAUCUCGGUGUGCCGUUCUGUGGAAGCGCGAAGACGAGUCUGCAUAAUCAGGUGUUCCUCGAGGGCGUCAAGAGCGCCUUGUACGCUGCAAAGGGGACCAGCUCGGCGGGUGUGGCGAAGCCGGAUGUCGAUAUGGCGGAGCAGCAAGGCGCGCGAUUGAAGUCAUACAGCAGAUUUUCCGAUGAGAGCACGAAGAUUGGGUUGAAGGCGCUCGGCCGUGUGUAUGCUGGGUGGGGCUUCUCCCAGGCGUUCUAUAGGGAGAAGUUGUACCAGACUGCGCCGUUGCUGGGGUUCAAGGAUCUGGAUGAUUUCCUUGUGAACUUCUGGGAGGCGUGGGCGCUGUCGAAGGAUCCGGAGAAUAUGCUCGUUAUGGCGCAUACGUGGCAGGCUGGUGAUUGCUCGCAACAGGAGCCGUAUGAUGGCGAUUUCGACAAGGCGAUGCAGGGCAUCAAGGCCAAGGCGCUGGUAUUGCCGGCGAAGACGGAUCUCUACUUUCCUCCAGAAGACUCUGAGAUCGAGAUCGAGGCCAUGAAGCCCGGAGUUGGGACGUUGAAGGUAUUCCCAAGUAUUUGGGGUCACUGGGCUGGCGGUCCUGGACAGAGCACUGAGGAUGUCAAGUGGCUUGACGACAACCUGAAGGAGUUUUUUUCGAAUAACUAG